CACAAGUCAUUCUUUAAAACCCAUUGUUCCAUUCAUCUUUUCUUUUACUUGCCAUUCUUAAAACCUUCUUGUCAACCUUAAAGCUAGAGUAGACAUCUAGUGCUGUCGAAUCCUACCAAAACUCACAUAAAAAAGUUUCAUAUUUUUAAUUAGCCAACCAAUUGGAUUUCCUCUGACUGACUUUAAACCAAGAUUUUGUUUGAGCAGAUUCUUGUGUCUAGCUUAUACAUGUGAAAAAGGAAAAAAACAAAAUUGGAUAUGCAAAUUAGACAUCAGCAAAAAUAUUUGUAAUGAAGAGAGCAACGGAAGGAGAGAUAGUGCAAGUCGAAGGAGGGCGAAUUCUCCGGUCCACUGGCCAGAAAGACCGGCAUAGCAAAGUAUAUACGGCAAAAGGUCCAAGAGAUCGCAGGAUUCGUCUAUCUGCUCUCACUGCUAUUCAGUUCUAUGACGUGCAGGAUCGGCUACGAUAUGACAAGCCAAGCAAAGCUGUGGAUUGGCUAAUCAAGAAAGCGAAAAAUGCCAUUGAUAAGCUAGUUGAGUUACCUACAUGGAACCCAAGUGAUGAUGCAGUACUAAAAAACAUUCCCACAAGUACAGAACGUGAAGUUGGUUCAAGUGGAAACAUUGCCUUAGAACCACACCAACAAUCAAAAUUUUCUUCUAGAUUCUUGCUCCAAAGGCAAUUAGCAGAAAAUCCAACUAGUGAUACUUCAUAUGUGAUGCCAGCGGUUGAACCUGAGACAUCAUCUGUUGCAGAUACCUCGAAAUCCUUCUUCCCGAUAAAUUCCGGGACAUCAUUAAUGAAUCUCCUAAGCUUCCCACAUGAAGCAAUGUCUAGAGAUUCAAUCCAAACUGAAGAUCUUGGGUUAUCACUUCACACCAAUUUACAUGACCAAAACUCCAACCAUAGUGCUAAUUUAGUCAAUUUUGAAGCAAAUUAUAAUCCAAGAAUGGCAAAUUGGAUACCCCAUCAACAAUUUUUGUCCCAAGGGGGUAUAUUUUCUCAAAGGGAACCCCUUCAGUCCAAUUUUUCACGGUUAAUUAGUCAUGCUUGGGAAUUACAGCAACCAAUGGCAAGUGCUGAACAUAAAUCUUCAAUUUCCAAUAGCUAUUUCAAUGGACAUUUUCAAUUUCCUUCUAGAUUAAUUCAAGGUGAAGAGGAUAUUAAUGGAGUGAUUUGCAUUAAGCCAUCUUCAGGUUCUUCAAGUUUUCAACAUUGAAUGGUUAAAAGAGUAAUAUUUUCAUCCCUUAGGUAAUCACUCAAAUAUCACUUUAAUUGAGUGUGUGUUUGAUAAGAAGAAAAAUAUUUUCCUGCAGAAACUGUCUCACUGUCCAAAUGGACUAUAGGAGAAAAACACAAGAAAGGAAGUUGUUUUUCCCUGUUAUUUAUGUCUUGAAUUUUUUACUUGUAUUUUAGGAAACCCAUAAUUUCUAUAGUUUAGGAAACACGUUGUUCUAAUAGAUUUAGGAAAGAAAAACUAAUUAUCCUUGUCGGAUUGGAAGACAUUUCUUUUAUAGGUUUGAAACUGUUUGGAAUCUAUAUAUAAGAGUUGUAGUUGGAUUCUAUAAAUUGUAUUGUAUUUUUCUUCUCAUUAGUGAAAAACUCUCUUUACUUCUGUGUUA